AUGCGGUCAAACCUCAAACGAUCGAUAAAGCUGACAAACGACGCUGCGUCCGAGAGUGAGUCUGACUCGGAGUCCGACUCCUCCAACGGCGAGCGCGAAGAACUGCCGCCGCCGGCGCCACCAGGUGGGCCCCGCUUGAGUCCGUCGGAGAAGGCGGCUGCGGACAAGGCGGCUGUGGACAAGGCGGCUGCGGACAAGGCGGCUGCGGACAAGGCGGCUGCGGACAAGGCGGCUGCGGACAAGGCGGCUGCGGACAAGGCGGCUGCUGAGAAGGCGAAUGCCGACAGGGUAGCUGCACUGCUGGCGGCUGCCGAGAAGACGGCUGCGGACAAGGCGGCUGCGGACAAGGCGGCUGCUAAGAAGGCGAAUGCCGACAGGGUAGCUGCACUGCUGGCGGCUGCCGAGAAGACGGCUGCGGACAAGGCGGCUGCGGACAAGGCGGCUGCUAAGAAGGCGAAUGCCGACAGGGUAGCUGCACUGCUGGCGGCUGCCGAGAAGACGGCUGCGGACAAGGCGGCUGCGGAGGCGGCUGCUGACAGGGCAGCUGCGCUCCUGGCGAGUGCGGAGAAGGCCGCGGCGAUUGAGGCUGCGGGCGAGGACGCGCCCUCCGACCGCGCCACGCCGAUCUCGACGCCGCCGCCCGCCCUCGAGGUGUGGCGCGCGCGCGAGGCGGCGGGCGCGCUCUCAGCGUGGCAGCUGCAGCAGGAAGUGCUGCGCGCCGCCGGCGAGGGCGGCCGUGACGAGAUGGCGGCUGUGGAGGGCCUUGCCGGCUCCAGCGGCGGUGCGGCGGCGGCGGCGAUCAGGCCUGACGUGGCCGUGCUGCUGCGGCGGCUCGCCGCGGUGAGCACAGAUGAGACGCUCGGCCAGACGCUCCGGCUCCUCCUGCACGCGACCGAGCCGGCGGGCGGUGGAGCGCUUGUCGCGCCGCCCGCACCGCCGUCACACGCAUCGCCGCUGCCAGGCAGCGGCAGAAGCGCCCUCCCGCCGUAUCUCGCGCCGCCGCCGCCGGGCCGUGUGAGCUCCGCCGCCGCCGUCUCGGCCGAGGCGCCGCCGCCCGUGGCCCUGUUCACGAUUGAGAGUAGCGAGGCGCCGCCGCCGUCCGCGCCGCCACCACCGCCGAGUGGAGCGCCGCCGCCGCCGCCGCCGCCGCCGCCAAUUGGAGCCCCGCCGCCACCUGCACCGCCGCCACCGCCGCCGAUUGGCGCGCCGCCGCCGCCGCCGCCCCUCGCCGCCGGCGCCCCGAAUGGUGGCGGCGGCGGGCCGCCGCCGCCACCGCCGCCGCCGCCGCCGCCGGUCGCCAAGGCGAGCGUGCCGAUGCGACCCGUGCACUGGGAGAAGCUGGUGGGUGCGCAGCUCGGCUCGUCCGUCUGGGCGAGCGUCGCGCUCGACGCGGUGCCGAUUGACCUCGCGCAGACGGAGGCGCUGUUCGCGGUGCCCAAGCCGGCGCCCAAGCCUAACCACGGUGCUGACGGUGGCGGGGGCGGCGGCGCGGCGCGUGGGAGUGCAGCGGCAGUGGCGGGCGGCGGCGGCGUGGGCGGCGGCGGCGUGCCAGCGGCGGCGCCGCUGCACGUGCUCUCGGUCCAGCGCGCGACCAACGUGGGCAUCUUCCUGCGCAAGACGUCGAAGCUGCUCUCGCUCGAGCGGUUGUGCGCGGCGAUCGUCUCGCUCGAGGCCAGCGUGCUCGAGCCCGAGCUACUCGACUCGGUCUUGUGCAACCUGCCCGCCAAGACUUGGGCAGAGGAGGCCAAGGCGUUGCGUGCGCUCAAGCACGUGCCGCCGUCGAGCCUCGCCGCGCCCGAGCGCUUCUGCUUCGAGAUGGCGCGGCUGCCACGGCUGCGGCCGAUGCUGCACGCGCUGCGGCAGAAGCACACGCUGCCGCAGGCCCUCGAGCGCGCCACCGCAGCGCUCGCGACCGUCGCCACCGCCGCGCGCCAGCUGAUGGACUCACCGAGCCUGCGGCUGCUGCUCGGCUCGGUGCUGGCGCACGGCAACUACCUGAACGCGGGCACAAGGCGCGGCGGUGCGCGCGGUGUCAAGCUCGAAGCGCUCGAGAAGGCGCGCGGCGUCAAGUCCGCCGACGGCCAGCACACGCUCCUCGAGCACGCCUGCGCCACCUGCGGGCUGUGGCGGCACACGCUCACCUCCGAGCUCGGCGGCGUGCGUGCCGCGUGCAAGAAGUCGUGCAAGCUGCCGCUGCUCGAUGUGAUCCGCAUCACCAUCCAGGAGCUCGAGGAGGGCGUCAACAGCGUCGCCCAGGAGAUCGCGCUCUGCCCUGACCUCGACGCAGACGUCGCCGCCGACGCGUCCGCGCCGCCGCCGAAGCGUGACGGUGGUGAGCCAAGCGAGGAGGAGCGGCAGGUCGCGCUGCGCUUCCGCAGCGCGAUGGCUCCAUUCCACACCGACAUGCGCCGCGGCCUCGACGCGCUCACCGCACACCGCGACGAGACCAAGACGCUGCUCAAGCGCCUCGCCGCCUGGCUGGGCGAGGACCCCAACCGGGCCAACCCUGACAGCAUCCUCAAGGUGUGCGCGGACCUCAUCGACACGGCGAUCGCGUGCGCGCGCGUGUCUGCGGAGGAGCAUAAAGUGUAA